UUUAAAUAGAAUUAAAUUUCAGGUCCUCUAGGCAAGUGGGCAUUGAAGGGCAGGCAGCCUUUCUUGAUAAAUAGAAGCAAGUCUUCAACAACAUAGAAGCAACAAUCGUAUGGAGAACCAAAUAGACACCCAAAUGGAGCAAAGGAAGGGCCGCAGAUUGGUACUUUUUCCAUUGCCAUUCCAAGGCCAUAUAAACCCUAUGCUACUACUUGCAACCAUUCUUCACUCCAAAGGCUUCUCCAUCACAAUAAUACACACAAACUUCAACUCUCUCAACCCUUCAAACUUUCCCAACUUUACAUUCCACUCCAUCCAAGAUGGCUUAUUGGAAUCUGAAGCCUCUUCAUCCGAUCUUGUAGCUCUUGCUAAACUCCUCAACAUCAAAUGUACAGAUCCUUUCCGGGACUGCAUGGAUAAGCUCUUGUCUGAUGCCUCAGAGGAACCUAUUUCUUGUUUAAUCUCAGAUUCUCUCUUUUACUUCACUCAAGCCGUUGCUGACAGUCUUAAGCUCCCAAGGGUUGUUUUGAGGACUGGUGGUCUUUCCUCUUUUGUUGUUUUUGCUGCAUUUCCACUGCUAAGGGAAAGGGGUUACCUCCCCAUACAAGGCGGACUUCUAAAUACAAGGAAAUCAUUUUCUUGCCUUGAACCCAGCCUUGCCAAUUCAUCUGCACACCUAUUGGCCUUUCUAACACAGUGCUUAACACGAACUCGCGGGAGUUGGGAAAUAAGGUACCUGCAAUCGUCCACUAAGGUAGAAACAACCCUUUCAGUAGCUCUUGGAUUAUUCAGCAGCUCCAUUAUAGAUUUAACAUCAAUUUCAAUCUCCACAGCAGGUAAUUGGAGGUUUAAACAUUGAAGAAUUCCAUCUCUAAGACCGCAUAGUUCUGCAGCAAAGCUCGUUGUGGUGCCAAUCUUUCUAGCAUAACCACAAACCCAUUCACCCUCCCCAUUUCGAAUAAGACCUCCACUUCCUGCUGGGCCCGGAUUGCCCAAAACUGAACCGUCUGAAUUAAGCCUGAACCAGCCCACCUCUGGCUUUUCCCACCUAAUCCUCUUUAUCACCUGAACCGAAGCCAAUUUAGGAAGCUUCACACAGUGCUCAUACUCCAUAGCUUCACGGAAAAUUUCAUGACCCAAGUUCUGCUGGAAUGUUUUAUUAUUGAAAACAAUGUUGUUCCUAUGCUUCCUUAUGCGCCAAAUAGCGAAUAGGAAGGAGGUUUUCCAAGGGGGAUGGUCUCUGAAUUUUUUUGUAUUAAGCUUUCCAUUAGUGGUGAUCCAGUGGUGAAGAUUGCCACUAAAGAAAGAUGAAUUUACCUCCUCGGCACCCAGCUGAGUCCAAAACUCCCUAACCUUGCUGCAGUCCCUAAGAGCAUGAAUAAUAGACUCCGAAUCAGCAAGACAAAGCGGGCAAGCGGGAUCCACCAGCACCCCCCUUUUAGCUAGGCAUUCCUUCACACCAAUGCUACUAUGCAGACACAUCCAAACAAAAGUUUGAAUCCGAGGAAGAAUGUUAACUUUCCACAC